AUAAAUUUACAAUCAAUAUUUCAUAUCGGACAUGUAAGAAUUAAAAAUCAAACACUCAAAAUAAAAACAGAAACAUGAUAUUUUACUAUAAUUCUUUGUUUUGAAAGAAAAUCCUUAAUUGUAUGCGAAGUAUGGCGUCUUAAUCUCAUUUUAUCACGUGGAGCAUUUCAAGUUAUCAGUUAUGAUCAGAAAAAUCCAGAUAUUGUAUUGCUUUUCAUUUUCCGAGCUUUAAACUCUUCAGCAAAAAUAAAUACAGACAUAAUAACUGUAAGCAAGAAAAUAGCAAAGCGCGCAAUAUGUAUCCUCUUCUGUGUAUUUGUCUUUUUUUAGGUUUUCAACACGUUCGUUCAUUUACAUUGGAAAGUAAUUUGAGCAGUAACGUAACAAGUUUUGAUUAUGAGCCUGCUGUAAAUCAAGAGCAAGAAUAUCAACAUGCAAGUAUAGGUUCAAAAACAUGCAUGAGAGAUCUUGGAUGCUUCGAAAUCACAAGGGAUUUUUUUCAUCCAGUGUAUCGACCAGUAAAUUUUCUGCCGCACGACCGAACAACUAUCAAUACGAAGUUUUUACUCUACACAAAGGAACAUCCGAAAGAAUAUGAUGAGAUUCAUCCGAACGAUCCCGAAGAUAUAAAGGAUUCAGACCUAAAUCCGGAUCAUCGAACAAUAUUCAUAGUCCAUGGAUUCAUUGACAGCAGAUUUUAUGGGAAAUGGAUGGAGGUAGUAAAAGAUAAUCUUUUACUUCAUAACAAUUAUAAUGUCAUAAUUGUUGACUGGAGUGGAGGCAAUGGUGCUCCGUACACUCAAGCUACAGCUAAUACACGGGUGGUUGGAGCUGAGAUUGCUUUAUUAAUCCGAAAAUUACAAAAGCUAAAAGGUGUAUCUCCUAUGAACUGCCAUAUCGUCGGCCACAGUCUUGGAGCUCAUGUAGCUGGAUAUGCAGGACUAAGAUUAAAUAAGUUGGGACGUAUCACAGGUUUGGACCCAGCUCAACCUUACUUUCAGUACAUGCCGCCAUCUGUUAGACUCGAUCAAACAGAUGCUGACUUUGUUGACGUCAUUCAUACGGAUUCAGGAUCGUACAAAUUUCUACCAUUGGGGAUGUCUCAAUCUGUUGGUCAUGUAGACUUCUAUCCAAACAAUGGACUGAGUCAACCAGGUUGCACGUAUUCAACAAUUCAUUCAAUAUUAUUGGAAGGAUUAGUUGAUGCUGCCAGACGUUUCGUGUCUUGCAACCAUCAAAGGGCUGUCGACUUUUUUACAUAUUCCAUCAACUACAAAAAGGCUUUACCAGUUGCUUAUCAUUGUACAACAUGGGAAGACUAUAUAAAUGGUCUCUGUGCUGACUGCGGUAAGAACGAUACUCGGUGUGCCGUCUUGGGUAUGCAAGCGGAGCAGUACAAGCCCAAUAAAAAUGAUUCACGUUCAGUAAAAAUGUACCUCGCUACAUCAUCUUCUGCACCAUUUUGGGAAUAUUCCUACCAAAUUCAAGUUAAACUGCGAAAGCCACAGACAUCAUUUUCAGAUAAUACAGGUCAAAUUCAAUUGAAAAUCCAAGGAACAAGAAAUAUUUAUGAUCUUCAGCUUUCACCCAAAAAUGGAAAUUUAAUUCAUGGCGCAACUUAUACUUUCCUCUUACGUGAGCAAAAACAUCUAGGAAAAUUAACCAGUAUAAUCUUCAGCUGGUCAAGUUCAUCAUGGAAUUUCUUCAAAACACAUACUAUACACCUGGAUUAUGUGAAAAUAAGACCAAUGAAUGUUAAUAACCAAAAGAAACAGAAAAUGGAGUCAAAGAAGUUUUGUGAUAAAUUAGGACAAGCCAUUAAAUCAAAACAGGAGGUUUUUCUGGACGAAUGUAAAUAAGUACACUUAUGGAAGUGUUUUUCAAUAUCAUACUUUCAUAAAAUAUAUGCACAAUAUCAUGUCCUUCAAGCUCAAAUACAAAGAUACUUGUAUACUUAUAGUAAAUAAUUAGACUGCUCUUAAAAACUGAUAAUAAAAAUCAAUUUUUCUUUA